CUACAAGAUGAAAGAACAGGGCGGAAGAUCUGUGCUCUGGAUGACAAUGUCUGCAUGGCCUUUGCAGGCCUCACUGCAGAUGCAAGGAUAGUCAUCAACAAGGCCCGGGUAGAGUGCCAGAGUCACCUGGAGGACCCGGUCACAGGGGAUGACAUCACCCGCUACAUCAGCAGUCUGAAGCAGCAUUACACACAGAGCAACGGGCGCAGACCAUUUGGCAUCUCUGCCCUUAUUGUGGGGUUUGACUUUGACGGCACUCCCAGGCUCUAUCAGACAGACCCCUCAGGCACAUAUCAUGCAUGGAAGGCCAAUGCCAUAGGCCGGGGGACCAAGUCAGUAUGUGAGUUCCUGGAAAAGAACUACACUGAUGAAGCCAUCGAGACAGAUGACCUGACCAUCAAGCUGGUGAUCAAGGCACUCCUGGAAGUGGUCCAGUCAGGUGGCAAAAACAUUGUACUUACUGUUAUGAGGUGAGAUAAGCCCCUCAAGAUUCUAAAUUCUGAAGAAAUUAAGAAAUAUGUUGCUGGGAUUGAAAAAGAAAAAGAAGAAAAUGAAAAGAAGAAACAGAAGUAG